AUGAGUUGCCCAUUGAACAUCACGAUGCAGAACGAUUACCUUAUCACGCUGCUGGUGCUAGUUUCGCUUGCAAGCAUUUGCCUAGGAUGUCGGCGCUCUUCAACGACUGUUUCCGGUUCGAAAGCUCCAAAAGGACGCAUUUGUAAAAAUCAAUUGAUAUUUGAAGAUAACUUCAACCAGUUGGACAGAUCGGUUUGGAAACAUGAAAAUUCCGUUGCUGGAGGAGGUAACUGGGAAUUUCAAUGGUACUCUGGAAGCGAUCGCAACUCUUACGCUAAGGAUGGCAAGUUGUUCAUAAGACCAACACUAACGGCUGACGAAUUUGGUGAAGAUUUCCUUACAAGUGGCUCAAUCAAUCUGAACCAAGGAUCGCCGAGCGAGCGAUGCACCGACGAUCCAGGGUUUGCGCAAACAUUUUACGGCUGCGAACGAAGCGGCAGUUAUGAUCGCAUUCUGAACCCGAUCCGGAGUGCCCGACUCCGUACAAAGGACACCUUUGCGUUCAAGUAUGGAAAGCUGGAAAUCCGCGCCAAGCUUCCCGCCGGAGAUUGGCUGUGGCCUGCCAUGUGGAUGUUUCCUCAGCAGGACUCGUACGGGGUUUGGCCCAAGUCGGGCGAGAUAGACCUUGUAGAAUCCCGUGGAAAUCGGGAGUUGUACCAGGACGGUAAGCACAUCGGUGUGAAGUGGUUGUCGUCCUGUUUGCACUUUGGAGAGAGCUGGAACCAAAAGUCGGAGCAGUGUGGAACCCACGCUCAGGGCGGACUUGCUACGCAGUUCAACAAUUACGAGAUGACUUGGACGAAGGACGUCAUCCAGUUUGGAAUCAAUGGAGUUGUUUAUCGAACAGUUACUCCGUACGAGGGAUUCGGGAAGCUAGGUGGAUUCGGAUACAAUCCGUGGCCGCAGGGCUCCAAAAUGGCACCGUUUGAUAAGGAGUUCUUCCUGGUGGUGAAUGUAGCCGUCGGGGGUAACUUCUUCCCGGAUAACGUGAGGAAUCCUCACCGGAAACCGUGGUACCAGGGAGCUCCCAGUGCGAUGACCGACUUCUACAAAGCAAAGUCGGACUGGCUCAGCACUUGGGAUGGUGACGAUGCUGCCUUGCAGGUUGAUUACGUGAAAGUUUGGGCUGUAUAGGUCAAAUGUGGCAUCAAGAAACAAUUCGAAGGCUGUCAUUUAUUUUCAAAUUAAGGUUUUAAACUUAAUAAAUCAAUGCUUCGUAUCAGUAA